CCAGAUGCUUUUGAUAUAAACUCUACUAUUUAUUUCAUGUGUUGCUUUUCUUUCUUUUUGAUAGGCUUUCAAGGAAAUGCUGUAUUCAGCUCAGGACCAGGCACCUUCAGUGGAAGUUACAGAUGAGGACACAGUAAAGAGGUAUUUUGCCAAGUUUGAAGAAAAAUUUUUCCAAACCUGUGAAAAAGAACUUGCCAAAAUCAACACAUUUUAUUCAGAGAAACUCGCAGAGGCUCAGCGUAGAUUUGCUACACUUCAGAAUGAGCUUCAGUCAUCACUGGAUGCCCAGAAAGAAAGUACUGGUGUUACUACACUGCGACAACGCAGAAAGCCAGUCUUCCACCUGUCCCAUGAAGAGCGUGUCCAACAUAGGAAUAUUAAAGACCUUAAACUGGCCUUCAGCGAGUUCUACCUCAGUCUUAUCCUGCUGCAGAACUAUCAGAAUUUGAAUUUUACAGGGUUUAGAAAAAUCCUUAAAAAGCAUGACAAGAUCCUGGAAACUUCUCGUGGAGCAGAUUGGCGAGUGGCUCAUGUAGAAGUGGCUCCAUUUUAUACAUGCAAAAAAAUCAACCAGCUCAUCUCUGAAACUGAGGCUGUAGUGACCAAUGAACUUGAAGAUGGUGACAGACAAAAGGCUAUGAAGCGUUUACGUGUCCCCCCUUUGGGAGCUGCUCAGCCUGCACCAGCAUGGACUACUUUUAGAGUUGGCCUAUUUUGUGGAAUAUUCAUUGUGUUGAAUAUUACCCUUGUGUUUGCAGCUAUUUUUAAACUUGAAACAAAUCAAAGUAUAUGGCCCUUGGUAAGAAUCUAUCGGGGUGGCUUUCUUCUGAUCGAAUUCCUUUUUCUACUGGGCAUCAACACGUAUGGUUGGAGACAGGCUGGAGUAAAUCAUGUGCUCAUCUUUGAACUUAAUCCAAGAAACAAUUUGUCUCAUCAGCAUCUCUUUGAGAUUGCUGGAUUCCUGGGGAUAUUGUGGUGCCUGAGCCUUCUGGCUUGCUUCUUUUCUCCAAUUAGUGUCAUCCCCACAUAUGUGUAUCCACUUGCCCUUUAUGGAUUUAUGGUUUUCUUUCUUAUCAACCCCACUAAAACUUUCUAUUAUAAGUCCCGAUUUUGGCUGCUUAAACUGCUGUUUCGAGUAUUUACUGCCCCCUUUCAUAAGGUAGGCUUUGCUGAUUUCUGGCUGGCUGAUCAGCUGAACAGCCUGUCAGUGAUUCUAAUGGACCUGGAAUAUAUGAUCUGCUUCUACAGUUUUGAGCUUGAAUGGAAUAAAAAUAAGGGCCUGUUGCCAAAUGAUUCAGAAGAACCAGAAAUCUGCCAUAAAUAUUCAUAUGGUGUGCGAGCCAUUGUUCAGUGCAUUCCUGCUUGGCUUCGCUUCAUCCAGUGCCUGCGUCGAUACCGUGACACAAGAAGGGCCUUUCCUCAUUUAGUUAAUGCUGGCAAAUACUCCACAACUUUCUUCAUGGUGACGUUUGCAGCCCUUUACAGCACUCACAAAGAACGAGGUCACUCAGAUACCAUGGUAUUCUUUUACCUGUGGAUUGUCUUUUAUAUCAUUAGUUCCUGUUAUACCCUCAUCUGGGAUCUAAAGAUGGACUGGGGUCUCUUUGACAGGAAUGCGGGAGAAAACACUUUCCUCCGAGAAGAGAUUGUAUACCCUCAAAAAGCCUACUACUACUGUGCCAUCAUAGAGGAUGUGAUACUACGCUUUGCUUGGACUAUCCAAAUCUCAAUUACCUCUACAACUUUGUUGCCUCAUGCUGGGGACAUCAUUGCUACUGUCUUUGCUCCUCUCGAGGUUUUCCGGCGGUUUGUGUGGAACUUUUUCCGCUUGGAAAAUGAACAUCUAAAUAACUGUGGUGAAUUUCGUGCUGUGCGAGACAUCUCUGUGGCCCCCCUGAACGCAGAUGAUCAGACACUCCUAGAACAGAUGAUGGAUCAGGAUGAUGGGGUACGAAACCGCCAGAAGAAUCGGUCAUGGAAGUACAACCAGAGCAUCUCCUUGCGCCGGCCUCGCCUCGCUUCUCAAUCCAAGGCUCGUGACACUAAGGUAUUGAUAGAAGACACAGAUGAUGAAGCUAACACUUGAAUUCUCUGAAGUCUAGAUUAACAUCCUUGGUUUUCCUACUCUACAAUUCUUUCCUCGACCAACGCAACCUCUAGUACCUUUUUCCAGCUGAAAACAGGAGAAAACACGUAACACAUUUUCCGAGCUCUUCCAGAUCGGAUCCUAUGGACUCCAAACAAGCUCACUGUGUUUCUUUUCUUUUCUUCUGGUUUAAUUUUAAUUUUCUAUUUUUAAAACAAAUAUUUACUUCAUUUUGCCAAUCAGAGGACGUUUUAAGAAACAAAAACAUUGUACCUUAUGGAUUGUUUACAAUCACAAGGACACAGAUACCUAUCAGGAAGAACAGGCACUGCAAGGACCUUCUGAUGGGAUGGUACUGAGAUAGCUUGGCUUCUGCUUGGCCCGGUUUUGACUGGUUGAAACCGGACAUUGGUUUUUAAAUUUUUUGUCAGUUUAUGUGGAGAAUCUUUUUCCUUUCCUUCAUACCCAGCGCAAAGGCACUGGCUGCACUUGCAGGGAAAGUGCAACUUGGAGCAGUACCUUCAUUCAUGAAGCUACUUUUUAAUUUGAUGUAACUUUUCUUAUUUGGGAAGGGUUGCUGGGUGGGUGGGAAAUAUGAUGUAUUUGUUACAUAUAGUUUUCUCAUUAUUUAUGAAAUUAACCAUAAAAGAAUGCUAUAACUCCUGUGCAAUGAAAGUGAUAACAGUGAAAGAAGAUGGGGGAAACUAAUGUGGAUGACAUUUAUGAGGGUCAGUUCCACAUACCUCUUUAGGGAGACAACUUGCACCAGUUUGACUUUUUUUUUUUUUCUUUUCAAUUUAAGCCAAAGUUUUAUUACUAAAAUUUUAAGUUGCUGCUGCUGUAGAGUAUCUCUCAUAACAAGGCACGUAUUUCACACACUUUUACCCCACUGAUUGAAAUUCACAUAAGAGAAUCUGAUACAUUUUCGUUUAGGAAUAUUUACUCAUAUUCCAACCAUAAUAACUGAAGUUACACUUUAUUAUGCUUCAGCAUGUAGGGUGAUUGUAGUGUAAUCUUUACUAACUCUGGAAAGCAGGGCUAUUUUACUCCCUUUUUAGACAAUUUUUCCUCUGGUCUCACCCAUUUAAGCCAGAGUCUGAUCAAAUUAAAAGUCCAUUAAUGGGAUAUUUUUGAGCAUGUGAAACAAAUUAUCCUUCCUCCUUCAUAUUACAUUUAUACAGAAGAUCUUGGCAGCCAUUUCUCCCAGCAGUGUUAAUGCAGGAAUUUCAUGCCCUCCCAUGAUAGAAGCCUGCUUUAAAAUUUUUGAGGGCCUAAAACUAGUCAGACAUAAAACAUAUAUUUCUUAGAAAUUUCAGUCUAUGAUAGUCUAUAUGCAGUGCCCAUUUUCACUUUUUUGUCUCAUUUAUUCCCUUUCUUCCCAAAUUAAGCCCUGAAACUAUAAGGCAUUUUACUUUCUUGAAUAUAAUUAGCAUUAAAUCUAUCAUCUCAGGCCUGGUGAGGAGUGUAGCUCAGUGGUAGAAUGUCUGCCUAGCAUGCACAGGACCCUGGGCUCAGUCUCCAGCCUGGCAAAAAUAGUUAAAAAUAGCAUUUCAUUAUCUAACAAAAUUAACAUAAAUACCAGGAAAAAGUAAAGUGUGUUUUAAUUACCCCUCCAAGACACAGGUGAAGAUUCCAGAGUCACCAUCUGUAGACUUGAACUUACUUCUGUCAUUUUCAGCUUCAUUUAAGUCAAAGGAACAAAUAAGUAGGAAGGCAGCUGUUGUCACUUGCUUUGUCUUAAAAACAAAUGGCUACUGCCCUUUAGUUCACCCCUUUUGUCACCAGCUCUUCUAGUGUGCAAAAUAAAUCUUUACUCAACCCUUGUCAUAAUUCCAGUAGAUAACAUUAAAGUCACUGUUAUUACCAAAAUUAUUCUAAUUAACUGACAGUUUCUUUUAAAAGGAGUUUCUUCCACCUUUAUUCUGACAACUCUCCAAAAUUUCCCUUUGUUCCCUUUCUGAAUCAAGAUAUUUUUUUUCUGGAAAAAAAAAAUCAUCCAAUUUUGUGGCCUCUAUUUUUUUUUGUUUGUUUGUUUUGCCAAGUAUGCCCCUUGUCCCAAAACUGAAAAGAAAGUGCUUAUUUAAAAAAAAAAAAAAGUUAAAUAAAUUGAAUCCUUGAUAAUAACCAGUGGUACCACUUUAGUGAUCCUUGUUGGAUUAAAGACUGCAUUUUUCUAUUUAGGAUUUUUCUCCCCUGAUUAUUCUGGGUUUUGUACCUUAAAACUAUGAGGGAGAUAUCACUGGUCUGUCAACCAAUAGCAGUAAUUAUCCUGAGGAUAUAGAGAAAGUCCAAUGACCAGUCAUCUCUUAUACAAAUAAAAUUGGUGAUAUUCAUGUGUAUCCAGAGCCAUUUGAAUUGUCAGAUUCAUUCUCUAUUAGUAAAUUUAGAUGGUGUCACACACACAAUCUUACACUUAGCUUCUGGUAUUUCAAUCCCCCAGUGUUUCUACUUCAGUGUAUCCUAUAGCUAUUUCGGUCUUUCUCCAACUCCUAUGAUUCUAGGCUCUCAUAUCCACAUUACUUCUUAAUAUAAAAUACAAUGAUAAAAUGUAUUCUCUGCUGCAUUUGUCCUACUGGCAUAGUCUACUCAAAAAUAGGCAUAUGUAACUUUCAGCUUAUCAUGACAGAUGCUCAAAUAUGUAUUUAAACACACAGCUCCACAUUCCUUUUAAAGCUAUAAAUAGAAAAAAGGAAUUUCCCUCAUCAAGAGACUUUGGAAGACAAAGUAUCAAUUUAAAAUUUUUUCCUUCAAAAAAGUCUAUAUUCAUUUUUCUCUCCUCAGUUGUAUAUGCCUAAGCAGUGUGAAUGCUCUGUCCUACCUAAAAUUUUACUGGAAACUUCUGUACACUGAAACUCUCAAUGGCUUUCUUAAAAAUAACUGUCACAGAGUCAUUUUACAGUCUAACCAAAGGUGAAAGAAACUCGAUCUGAUUUUUUUUUAAAUUUUUAAUAUUUUAUUUUUUAGUUCUCGGCGGACACAACAUCUUUGUUGGUAUGUGGUGCUGAGGAUCAAACCUGGGCUGCAUGCAUGCAAGGCAAGCGCGCUACCGCUUGAGCCACAUCCCCAGCCCUCGAUCUGAUUUUAGGUUUAAAAUUCUAGUUUUAUUUUUGAGAGCCACUCAAUUUUUAAUAUCAGUUAAAAUCCUACCCCAGAAUAAUGAAAAGGAAAGUGUUUAAUAAAAAAUUAAAAUUCAUUUUUAUUUUAUGAUAAUAUGGAAAGCAUUGAUGUACAUAGAGAAAUGGAAAAACAGCAAAGUGGUUUAUUUGUUAUGCACAAAUGAGUGCCUAUAUUUAAGACUGCCCAUACCAUUAUAACAAAUAAUUGGCAAUUUCAUAUCAUAUAGAGAGAAUAAAAUGUUCAAAGAUUAAGUCAUCAUUAAUCAUGAUGGUAAUUUUUAAUUUGGAAAGAAGUUGAAACCCUACCUGCAACCUUCUUUUCCAGUACUUUGUUGUUAGACUCCUUAAGUGAACUGCUUAAGUUCAGAUUCAGAAGCAAGGGUGUAGGAGGAGAAUGCCAGUAGAGACCAGUAUAAACCCUUAAGGAAGGAGAAUGGGGAUCCACAAUUCCUAAAUAUACUAGACGUGAGAUUUCUACUAUUUAACUGAGCUCUUACUAUGGCAAUUUGUUGAUACAUUGUAUCUUUGCACCAUGGUUUGACUGAAGUACAUUCACAACCAGAGAAAACAAUUCAUCCAUUUCUGAAGUGAUAAACUAAGGCAAGAUAAGAAUAGAAGAAAGUCACCUGGUACUGAGUCAAAUAGUCAGCAGAUUAACAGACCUUUAGUUGAAGAGGAGUAAAUUAAUUUUGGAAAUAGCAAAAUACAAGAGGAUAUUGGCCCUUGGCAGCAGAAGCAGGGUGGCGUGGGAGGUACGUGAGCUUAGUAUGCAGGUGUUAAUCUCCAUCCCUCACCAAGAGUUGUUACACUGCCCAGAAAGAGCUGCCUUUACUCUCCUAUCAUUAUUUUCCAUUACUUUGCAUUAUUCACGAAAUUGUUCUUUAUCCCCACGUGAAAUUUUCUAAGCAGGUAACUAGAACAUUUUCUUAUUCUAAAGAAAAGAAUUCAGAAAAUAACCCUAUCCAUAGUGUUAUUUUAUUCAGAAACUUGGGAUUCUUGGAAAUGAUUACCACUAUAUUUGAUAAACACGUUUCAGGUUAUUGUUAUUUUAACAGUUUGCAUAAAAGGUGCCUAAUUUUCAAAAAAUAAGUACUUCUUACUAUAAAAAACAUACUGAAUUUUUAAAAUUAAAAUAGCUUCUUAGGUUAAAGCAAAAUCAUGUUGAAUCCGUGGCUUUCUCAACUACAAAAAUCACCAUACUUUUCUCAAAUCUAAUAAGAAACCAGUACAUUACAGAUAAUAUCUAAAGUGACCAGGUGAAAUAGAAGUUUUGGUAGGACUUUUGAAAAGGUAAAGAAAAAUAAAUUACAUCAGCUUAGUUUUUUUUUCAUCAUUGAUAUAAAUUUUUUUUUGCUCGUUAUUUUAAAGUUUUCUCAAUUACUUAUACAUACACUUCUGCAUUUCAAAUGUCAGUCUUGAUACUAAAUCUUAAAAGCUCCUGACUUUCUGUAUUGUAUUUCAAGUCUUUUUGUUAGGGCAAUGGUGAUAUGGGUUAGAGUUAAUUGUAUUAUAGCAUAAGAAGUGUCUGCUGUUCAGUGUUACGGAUGAACAAUUUCUAACCAGCAUUAACCACACACCAGUCAACAAAUAUGAAAAAGUAAAAGCAUCUCAUUAGGUUUGGAAAAGCUUAAGUUAAGCAACAUAGGAUCUUGCCUGGGAAUGGGAAAGAACCUGCUGAUUGGUAUGGCUCCUGAAACCUUUCUUUUACCGACUGUCAAAACUCUGGCACUGAGUUGCCCCUCAGAAACAAUCUUUCAGAACAAUCUUUCUUACUUAGGGUGGAAGAGGAAGCAUGAGGGACAAGAGUUUUCCCUGAAGGGGAGAAAAUUGUUAUGCUAAUUUUCCUUUGAAGUGUGUUUCCUUGUAGCAAAACUUUGGCCUAUUUAUUAUUAAAUCAAUGCUACCUUCAGUUUUUUUGUACGGUGCCAUCAACCGAAAGACAAUCAAAUAACCUAUUGUCUGCCUUGGAUUCAGUAUGUCUGCUAGCUACACAGUUUCACCUUGUGUACCUUCAAAACAGUUGUUACUUGCCUUCUAUUCUCUUUUCUCUAUACCAUGGCAAAUCAGAGGACAGACUGCAGUACUACUAGAUAGAUGUGGACUUCUAAGAGAGAGCAAGGAUUCCACCUCACUGUCCCUUGAUUGUACCUCAGAUCCCUGCCUGCAUUUUCCUGAUUGUCUGUAGCAACACCAGCAUGGUGGGAACAGGGAGAAAUUGUGGGAAAUCACUGAAGAGUAAUUAUUCAUGACACUUAUUGCUCCAAACUGUGCGGUAAAAUUGUGAGCCACUCAGUUCAUUUACUACAAAACUAAGCUUUAUCAGAUUGUAAAGAUUAAUUUCUUGCCAUUUUCUGCAUUAGCACAGAAGCUUGUAUCAAUGAAGAGUAUUUAGGAGAGGAAUGGGGUGGGAAAAUGUAUUUUGCUUUUCAGACCCCCUCCCUCUGUUUCCUUCACAUACCCAACCUCCUCCACGCUGUGUGGUAAAUGAUACUAUGAAACCCUGAACUACCCUUGUCAAAGUAACUAUGGAUUGUGAUUAGUCCUCUGUGGGUGCUUCUUUCUUUCUCUCUUUUUUCUCCCUUGCUUUCUUUCUUACUCUCCACUCUAGUAAAUGGAAAAGGUGACGUCAAAGAACUGAUGCUUGCUUGGACCAUGAUGUAUCUGUGACUGUGCUCUUAGCUGUCUCCUUUUUCCUUCUUAUAUGGGUAGAAUUCUUAAGACGUGGAUUUCCCUUCUUGAUAAGUAGGUUAAAUGCACAAUGUGGUACUGUUUUAUAGUUUCUAGAUGGUUGUAUAAAGCAAAAGUUAAUGUGGUUAUGUGUUUUUAAAAGAAAAUAAGUGAUUGGUUACAAAACUUUGUCCUUUUUUCAUUAUUACAAGCUCUCUGUUUUCCAAUA